GAUUAAUUCAGUCAGAACCGUAUAUAUCUUCACGAUGAAAUUCCUGAUUAUUUUCGCUGUAGUAGUUGUGGCCGCCUAUGUGGACGCUCAAGGGGAUUGUCCCGUCAGAGCCUGCCAAACGAGGCUGUGUUAUACUGGUCGAAUAAAGGACGCUCAAGGUUGCGAUACCUGUGACUGUUGCCCUGAAAUGAUGUGCAUGAAUUAUUGUCCAUUUGGUAGAAAAAUCAAAGCUAAUGGAUGCCCAUCUUGCCAAUGUAAAGAUUUUUCGGACUGUUCCCCAGUAAGAUGUAGGAUGAAUUGUCGACCAUGGGGAUACAAACGAGGACCCGAUGGAUGUGAAAUUUGUCAGUGCAAUUUCCCAGGUGUCAAUUAAAUGAUCAAGCUUUCAGUAAUAAAAGUAUCACACUAGUU